UACUCGACAGCUGGCCUAAUAUAUAACUUAAUUGGAUUUUCCAAUUUAAAUUCAUGCUGAACAGAAGUACGAUUUCCCUUACAUACUAUUUGACAGGUGUAUGAGUGCACACACACAAAAUGACUAACUUGAAUAUGAUGGUUGAAUGAUCGAGCAUCCUGUCUGAUCAUGUACAGAAAAAUAACAGAUAUCAAGUACAGUACAGUAUAAAAAAAAAUGAAGUACACAAUGGACAAUAAUUCAUUGAAGAAGACUUGAAAACACAUUGUCAAACAGAAAAAAAGCGUUCUAGUAUGGGCUCUCUGUUAUCAAAAGAAAGCACUAUUACAAAGGACAAGUAUAUGGAGACGAAAGAACAAGAACCAAACAUAUCAAUAAAGGUUAGCGAGUUUAUUGCAAAGAUAAUAGCAACACCACCUUUAAAAUUGAAACUGAUUGACAUUUACCAUGGGAUAUAUGAACGAUUAUGUGGACCCUGGGGAAGAGUGACUGGCAGCUAUGCUGAUAGUCUUUCUAUGUCCACAUCAGAUGUUGAUAUAAUAUUGGAUAACAUAUCUGUUAAUUCAAGCCCUGAAAUGACAAUGAACAAUUCGUGUACCAUGGAACUAGUUAUUUUUACAGAGGAUAAUGAUAUACCACCGGGAUGCUGUUGGCUACGAGCCUACCAAAAAGUUGCUUUCGUGGGAAAAUAUGUGCCGUCAGAUUCAACUUCUUUUCCUUUUGUAAGGGUAAAUGGACUGACUAAACAAGUUACAGAUGCUGAAUGGAAUCUUGUAGAUAUCAAAGGAUACAAAUGCUUGUCUUGCCGAAAUAUUAAUGAACAGAGGGCGAAGAGUGGUUUAACUUCCUUCCCUUUUAUUAAUCGAUUCCUGCCACACUGGAUACCAUAUGGACCAGCAUUUAAACAGACAUAUUUUUGGAUAUUUGAUGUUGAUAUCAUGGAUGCUUUCAAAUGUAAAACACUACCUCCAGUGUUGCAAAAAUGGGCAAAACGAACACGAAAAACAUGGCCAUCACAAAGCACUAUAGUAAAAGCUUUAGAACAAGGUUGUCAUGUAAUAAGUCUGCCUUCAAAAAUUUCUUCUGAUGAAUUUACAGAGGUUGAGUUUAGACUAGGUUAUGGGGCCAUGGAAAAGAUUCUAACAGAAUCUCUUAGUGACUGUCAAAAACAAUGUUAUAUCCUACUUAAGAUAAUACUAAAAGAAUACAUAGAACCACGAUUCCCUGGUGAAGAUAUUGUAUCGUCGUAUGUCAUGAAGAUGUUGAUAUUCUGGAUGUCAGAGGAAACAGAUUCAAAUACUUGGCGUCCAGAGUGUCUUCUUGAAUGCUUGGAGAUGUGUCUAGGAAGGCUGUUUGAUUGGAUUGAAUCUGGUUAUUGUCCGAACUUCUUUAUUCCCGAAUAUAACGUAUUUCGCACAAAACUUACAAGUAUACACUCUAAUAAUUUUAUCUGUUUGAUGAGAGAAAUCAUGGAUUUAAAAUGGAAGGUAUUGCUUAAUUGUAAAACAAUGCAAUGGGUGAAUGUAUACGUAUAGAGUUUUGGUAGAUAGAAUGGUAUCUUGUACAAAGAAGAACUUUAUUGAAAUGUUGGUAUAAUGCUCUAUAUACGUCAUUAAGUAGACACGUUAGAUUGAAUAAA